CACUCGAUGUGUUCACAGCAUUUAACAGAGAAUGUCAUUGAACUUAAUUCGUACUAAGAGUUUAUAUAUAGUAAAAUAAUCAUAUUUUUAAUUACCAGUGAUAUAUUUAAUUGUUACAAGUCAUUAAAAUGGAACUAAAGAAGGCAAUUUAUGUGAUUUUCGAUGUUUUUGUAUUUGCAUGCACAUCCAUGGUGUACAUCAUUGAGGCCUUUUUACUUUUAAUCGUACCUCGACGAUACAAAUGCAAAAGUAUUCAAGGUGAGGUCGCAUUAAUAACUGGUGGAGCUGGUGGAAUUGGCAAAUUAAUUGCAAUUAAACUGGCUGCACUUGGUGCUCAUGUUGUUAUUUGGGAUAUCAAUGAAUCAGGUAUUCAAGAUGUGAUUGAUGAAAUAAGAUCAAUGAAAGGAAAAUGCAGUGGCUAUGUCUGUGAUAUAUCAGAUAAAAAUGAGGUUUACAGAGUUGCUAAAACCGUUCAAAUUGAAAUUGGAAAUGUAACUAUUGUCAUUAAUAAUGCAGGAUAUAUUUAUGGUAAAACAUUUAUGGAUAUUCCAGAUGUUGAAAUAGAAAAAACAUUUAAAGUCAAUAUUCUUUCACAUUAUUGGAUAAAUAAAUCGUUUCUCAAAGAAAUGAUGAAAGAUAAUCAUGGUCAUAUUGUGACAAUAGCAAGUAUUGCUGGAAUGCUUGGAACUUACAAUUGUACUGAUUAUUCAGCUACAAAAUUUGCUGCUAUUGGUUAUCACGAGAGUCUAUUUACUGAAUUAAAUGUACAUGGAUAUCAUGGCAUCAAUAUGACACUGGUAUGUCCAUAUGUCAUCAACACAGGAAUGUUUCCUAACGUUACACCAAGACUUAUUCCUGCAUUGGAGCCAGAAUAUGUUGCUGAGGAAAUUGUAUUUGGUAUAUUGACAAAUAAAAUAAAUGUCACGUUACCAGGUAGUGCUAAUUAUAUGUUACCACUUAAAAAUAUUUUACCGGCAAAAUUAUGGUGGGCAUUUAUACAUGAUGUUGUCAAAAGUCCUCAAGCAAUGAUGAUGUUAAAAAAACAUGACGAAUCAGAUGGAAAAAAAUUUUUAUUUGAUGAU